AUGCUGGAUGGCCAGCUAUUUUCCGAGGGGCCCGACAGCCCCCGGGAGCCCCAGGAUGAGGAGUCUGGCAGCUGCCUCUGGGUGCAGAAAUCCAAGCUGCUGGUGAUCGAAGUGAAGACUAUUUCCUGUCAUUAUAGUCGCUGCGCCCCUUCUCGACAGCCCAUGGACUUCCAAGCCAGCCACUGGGCCCGUGGGCCCCAGAGCCGCACGUGUGGGCCGCGCCCGGGAUCCCCUGAGCCGCCGCCCCGCCGUCCCUGGGCCUCCAGGGUGCUGCAGGAGGCGACCAACUGGCGGGCGGGGCCCCCGGCCGAGGCCCGAGCCCGGGAGCAAGAGAAAAGGAAAGCGGCAUCGCAGGAGCGGGAGGCCAAGGAGACCGAGCGAAAAAGGCGCAAGGCUGGUGGGGCCCGAAGGAGCCCCCCCGGUCGGCCCCGCCCGGAACCUCGGAACGCCCCUCGGGUGGCCCAGCCUGUAGGGCCCCCAGCUCCUUCACGACCCGAGCGCCUGGGGCCGGCGGGGCGACCGCCCCGUCCAUCCGCGCAGCCGCAGAGCGACCCAGGGGCGGCGUGGGCGGGGCCCUGGGGAGGUAGGCGGCCAGGGCCCCCCAGCUACGAGGCUCACCUGCUGCUGAGAGGCGCAGCCGGGACAGCCCUGCGACGACGCUGGGACCGCCCGCCACCCUACGUGGCUCCACCUUCUUACGAAGGCCCCCACAGGACCUUGGGGUCUAAGCGAGGCCCCGAGCCCUCUCAGGCGCCAGCCUCCGCAGCCUCUGCUCCGACUCCGGCCAGGACAGAGGGUGGGUACGCAAAGAAGAGGCUGGAUCCUCGGAUCUACCGGGACGUCCUCGGGGCUUGGGGUCUCCGACAGGGGCGGGGUCUCUUGGGGGGAUCCCCGGGCUGUGGAACAGCCGGGCCGAGGCUGGAGUCCAGCAAGGGCGCUGCGGAGAAAAGCCUGGGGCUGGCCACUGCUGGCCUGAAUAGUGGUAGCGACGGCCAUGCCCAAGCCAAAGCCGCUGGGAGCCCAAGCACUGAGACAGCUCCUGCGGGGUUGGCCACUGCGACUCCCAGCCCCCCGCGUCCCGCUCCCAGGUCCAGGCCCCAUCUCAAGGGCUCCGGGGAAGGGAAAGAAAGUAAGGAACAGACCUGGCUCCCCAAAUGCUGGCUUCCCUCCCUUAAAAAGCAGCCGCCCCGACAGAGCCAGACCCUCCCCAGACCCUGGGCUCCAGGAGGUACGGGAUGGAGAGAGUCCCUGGGUCAUAGAGAGGGGGCCGGACCUGAGACCUUGGAGGGUUGGAAGGGGACCCGCCGCGCCCACACCCUGCCCCGCAUUUCCCGCGGCCCUGCUCGUGGAGAAGGCGUCUUUGUCAUUGACGCCACGUGCGUGGUGAUACGGUCACAGUAUGUUCCAACCCCUCGAACCCAGCAUGUACAGCUUCUACCCGAUGGCGUGCCGCGCGUCGUGGGGGAUGCCCCUACUCAACCGAAGCCCAACAAGGAGGAGGGCGAGGGAGCCGCGGCCUUUCCCUCCCCUUGCCAAAAACUGCUCUUGAGCAGUCCCCUUUCACACCAGCUCGGUGGGGGGCGCGGGUUCGAAGCUGAGGGCGGGGAGCCCGCGGACUCCUCCUUGGAGGAGCGCGCCUCCCGCAUCUUGGGGCUCCCGGUUGGCGAAGUAAACCUUCAGGACGCCCCCACGCAGCCAGGUAGCCCAGAGCGCUCAGCCUUAGGCCCAGCGGCUUCAGGAAGCACGCUCAGGGCCGAGGGCUCGGAGGAAGUGGCGGCGGCCCCACGGCGCGCGGGUCGGGGCUGGGCGCGGACCCCAGGGCCCUACGCCGGGGCCCUGCGGGAAGCCGUAUCCCGCAUCCGCCGUCACACCGCCCCAGACUCGGACUCGGACGAGGCUGCAGAGCUCAGCGUCCAUAGCGGCUCUUCUGAUGGAAGCGACACGGAAGCCUCGGGCGCCUCCUGGCGAAAUGAGCGGCCCCGGCCCGGGGAAGGCGGGAAGACAGCAGAGCUGAGCGACAGUAUCCGAGAGAUUCUAGAUGUCAUCAGCCGAACCGAGGAGGCCCUCUUCGGAACGAGGGACGCUAAGGGGAUCCCACAGGGAAAUAGGGAGCGGCAGUGACAGGCCCUUUCUUGUAUGUGUGUUCCCCACUUUUCCAUCCUUGGGCCCUCUGGUCUUCUUUCUUCCUCACAGACUUCCUUGUACCCCUUCCCCAGAAUCGUUCCCAUACUUGAAAUAGAAGCCGCCCAAAUGAAAGGAAAGGGAGCAUAUGCCAAUUCGUGAUUUCUUUUUUUUUUCUUUCUUUCUCUUUCUUUCUUUCUUUCCUUCUUUCUCAGGAAAGGUGAGGAUGAGCAGUAGACUUUAAUGCCUGCUCUAUUCAGGUCGCUGGGGUAAGGUCUUUAGCAGGGGCUGAUGCACUAGGUGUGGACUAGAGCAGAGCAGCUUAGCCAGGAUCAGGUGGGAGGGCAGGGGUGUUAUAGCCAUAGGGCAACUUUAGGGCAGGAUCUUGGGGUUGCAGGGAGAAAGUGAUGGAGAGGCUUCUGACUGAGGUGACCAGGUGACAUAGAGGCCCUUGGCAGAAGAGGAAUAGAUCCAGAUACAACCAGCAAAACAGGAAGAGGGCUCACUUUGGUGUCAUACGUCUCGGGAUAAGUUCAUCCCUGAUGCUUUGGAUCCUUGGGGGCGGCUUUUAUCUCACCCUCUCCUCUACGGCCAAGAAAGAAUUAGGAAUAAAUGAACAGAGUCUGAGGGUCUCUCGGAUGGCUUCAUUGUCACCUACACUCAUCCUCAAUAUUCAAGAGACUGUCCAGGGUUUGCAGAAGAUCUGAGCAAGUGGGUAAGGGCCUAUCCCAGUCUCUUAGGUUUAGGUGAGGGCUCCCCAAGGCAGAGCAGGAUGGUGCCUUGUCACUGUCCCUGGCCUGUGGUGGUCCGAGCUGGGGAGGGAAGGCAGCCAGUGAAUCAGCUUGGGACCUCUUUAGGCCUUACCCCCUUUCCUCCUCCCCACUGUUCCUUAGUGAUGCUCUGAAUCGUUACCACGGUUUCCCACCCCGGUGGUAUCACUCAUCUGAAAGAACCCUGAAAAUUUUUUGCAUCUCUGCCCCUUCCAGAAACCUUGGCCAGGGAAGGAAGGGGGGAGGGGUUGAUCCCCAAAAGCCUGUAGGUGUGGGGUGUGAUACUCGCUGUAGCCACUACGGGGCGCGCGCAGGUCGCGGAUUUCCCCGGUAGCUAAUUCCCGAGUUCCCCCUACCCCUGCACUGCUAGUUAACCAGUUGAUACCCAGUUACUGCGCGCGGGUCCCCCGCUUUGCCACCUCCAGCCGUGCGAGGUCGGGGGCAGGCCUCUGGCCUUCUAGACCUCUGGAGCGCGCGGAGCCCCUCUUUGUACUCACCCACGCCAACCGGCUUGGGACCCAGACACUGAAGUCUUUUCUCUCUCCGAUCUUGGACAGUUCUGUCUCUAUUUAUUAGCCAUGUGAAUUUGGCCAAAUCACUUCACCUCCCUGAGCCUCAGUUUCCUCAUCUGUCAAAUGGGGGUUUAUAAACACCUACCUCGCAGGGUUGUUGUGAGGAUUUUAUGCGAUAAUGUAUGUAAAGCGCCUUGCACAGUGCCUGGCACACAGUAGGCGCUCAAUAAAUCUAAGCUUC